CAAUGCUGCCACAGGCGAAAUUGUCAGUACAAGGGAGAAUUUGGAAACAAUAUCAGUGUUUGAUCAGUGUUUUGGAGGGCGUGUGUGCGAGCAUAAACCAUCCACGCUAGUCUAAAAAUUUUCACUUGUCUUCUGACCUGGCACGCACAGUGUUGCCCGAGACCGAGACCAAGGCAUAUUAAAACUUUGAAAAAUGGCAUCUCUGACAGCAGCAAACACCAGUUUCUCCCUUGACUUGUUCAAGAAGAUCACAGAGAGCAAUAAGACAGGCAAUGUGUUCUAUUCUCCUCUGAGUAUCUCCUCAGCAUUGGCCAUGGUCUAUCUGGGUGCUGAGGGAAACACUGCAGCUCAGAUGUCUGGGGUCCUGAGCUUUACCAAAGACAAGUCUAAAGCUCCAAUGCUCCAGCAAGUGCAGCAUGUACAGAAACCCCAGCUACCUGUGGCUUUGAUGAAGUCUUUGUACCUGAACAAAGCUGAAGAAGACAUUCAUGUGGGCUUCAGCAACCUCUUUAGUGAGCUAAACAAAGAGGGAGCACCAUAUUCUCUGAGCCUGGCCAAUCGCCUGUAUGGAGAGCAGUCCUACAAGUUUGUAGAGAAAUUUCUGAAUGACACCAAAACACAUUACCGGGCUGAACUGGAGGCUGUGGAUUUCAAAUCAAAUGCAGAGGCUGCCCGCAAAAACAUAAACGCCUGGGUACAGAAACAAACACAAGACAAAAUCAAGGACUUGUUGGCUGAAGGAGUGGUCGAUGAGCUGACGAGACUUGUCUUGGUUAAUGCCAUCUACUUCAAGGGCUCCUGGGACAGGAAAUUUGAAGAAAGUUCCACUGAAGAAGUUCCUUUUAAGCUGAAUAAGAAUGAGACAAAACCAGUGAAGAUGAUGCAUCAGAAAGCUAAAUUCCCUUUGGCCUACAUCCCUUCACUGAACAUGCAGAUUCUGGAACUUCCUUAUGAAGGCAAAGACCUGAGCAUGCUCAUUAUGCUCCCAAACGAACUGACCGACAACACCACUGGUCUUGAGAAGCUGGAGCAGGAGCUCACCUAUGAGAACUUUGUCGAGUGGACGAGGCCUGAUAUGAUGGACACACUGGAGGUGCAGGUGGGCCUGCCCAGGUUCAAGUUGGAGGAGACAUAUGACAUGAAAGAUCUUCUGAUCAGCAUGGGCAUGGUGGAUGCCUUUGACCAGCGUAAGUGUAACUUCUCAGGAAUGUCACCCAACGAUGAUCUGGUGCUGUCCAAGGUGGUGCACAAGUCCUUUGUGGAAGUGAAUGAGGAGGGCACUGAGGCUGCUGCUGCAACUGCAGCCAUAAUGAUGAUGCGUUGUGCUAUGCUGCCCCCAGAAAGGUUCAUCGCGGAUCACCCUUUCCUCUUUUUCAUCCGACACAACCCCACUCAGAGCAUCCUUUUCUGUGGCCGCUACAGCUCUCCUUAAUCCUCACCUGCUGCUGUAGCAUUCCACUCUCUGCUGACAGACCCAAUUAAGAAAUGUCAGUGUUUGUUUAAAAGUGUGUGUUUGCAGACCAUGGAAGAAAAGCAAGCGCUGAUUGACUUCUUAAUGACAUGGAAAUGCUUGAUAGAAGACAGAUCAGUCUAGCCAGUAAGAGAGUUUAAUGCCACAUUUAAAGUGCACUCCAUGACUUUAUGCUUGAGCCUCUGUACUGGAUAAAUGCCUUAGUACUCUGUUCUGUUUGUAAUAAUAUUACAAACAGGAAUGAAGUGCAGCUGUCUCACUUGUCUUUCAAAACUCUCAUAACAUGCACAUGAACAAAUACACGUUAUUUCACACUUGUGUAAUACAGCAUUAAAAUAAAAAUAAAGUCAUUUAUCAUGAAAUGUGUUUGAUUUUUUGACAGUGGUUACAAAUCUCAAUCCAUCAGAAAUUAGAAAAGAAAAUGGCUUAAUCUCAAAAUUGGUGCAAAGCAGAGAUAACAACAGACUUCUCGUUGCCAUAGCAGAUAACAGUAUUUCAACAAACGAUGAAAAUUAUAA